CUUCCAGAUUUGGAGUUGUUUAUACGACCGCCCUUUCGUUGUGACUGUUCUCUCCAUAGCCGUACUGAGGCUGAGGCAUUGCACUCGCUUGGAAAUCAACAGCAUAUAUCAAAAGAUCCCUUUUGUCCGUCCCUUGCGAUCCAAUUCAGCAACCACACGCGACUCCUCAGCAUGGCGGACGUCGACGGCAAGAUGAAAGAUCUCUCCAUAUCGGAGACGGGCAAGAAGAAGGACGCACAGCCCAAGAAGGCUCCCAAGAAGCCCCAGCAGCAGAAGAAGAAGAUCGAGGGCGCUGCUCUCAUCGGAAUUGACGUGGCCAAGGAGGAUGACUUGGCGGAGUGGUACCAGCAGGUGAUUACCAAGGGCGAGAUGAUCAGUUUCAGUGAUAUUUCUGGUUGUUAUAUCCUCGAGCCGAACUCGUACGCGAUCUGGGAUGCGAUCCGGGAAUGGUUCGACAAGAAGAUCAAGACCAUUGGCACGCGUAACGCAUACUUUCCGCUGUUCAUCAGCAAGAGCAAUCUCGAGCGCGAGAAGGAGCACAUUGAAGGGUUCGCUGCCGAGGUCGCAUGGGUGACGCAGGGCGGAUCAACAAAGUUGGAGGUGCCCCUCGCGGUCCGCCCUACCAGCGAAACCGCAAUGUACCCGCACUUCAAGAAGAAGAUCCAGUCGCAUCGGGAUCUGCCCCUGAAGCUGAACCAGUGGAACAAUGUUGUGCGAUGGGAGUUCAAGCAUCCCAUGCCGUUCAUCCGGAGUCGAGAGUUCCUCUGGCAGGAAGGUCACACUGCCCAUCUUACCAAAGAAGAGGCCGGCGCGGAAGUUCGACAGGUCCUGGACUGGUACUCGGAUGUCUAUCAGGAGCUGCUUGCGGUUCCUGUUGUCAAGGGUGUGAAGACGGAGAAUGAGAAGUUCCCCGGCGCCGACUACACCACCACCAUUGAAGGAUUCAUCCCGGCCACUGGCAGAGGUAUCCAGGCUGCAACGUCGCAUUGCUUGGGUCAGCACUUCUCCAAAAUGUUCGACAUCACUGUGGAAGAUCCCAGCGUGAAGGAGAGCGGCAAGUCGGAGAAGAUCUACGUGUGGCAGAACUCCUGGGGUUUGACAACGCGGUCCAUUGGUGUCAUGAUCCUUACCCAUGGUGACAACAGAGGCCUCGUCAUUCCCCCGCGAGUUGCCGAAAAGCAGGUUGUCCUCAUUCCUGUCGGCAUCACUGCUAAAACCACUCCCGAGGCGAAGGAGAAUCUCUAUAAGAGCUUGCGCGAGAUUGCGGGUGAUCUCGCGUCGGUAGGCCUACGCGUCGAACUGGACCUUCGGGAAGGCUACUCUCCUGGCUGGAAGUUCAACGACUGGGAGUUGAAGGGUGUCCCUCUCCGCAUCGAGUAUGGUCCCAAGGACGCCGAGAAGGGCCAAGUGACCACCUCGCGGCGCGACAUCAACGACAAGGACGCCGCACGAGGCGAAGUCAGAAUCCACGACCUCAAGACCGCCAUUCCGGAGCUGCUGGAGAGGAUCCAGGCCGACAUGUUCGCCAAGGCCGAUAAGGCCUACCGCGAGCACCGCGUCCAGAUCACCAACUGGGAUGACUUUGUGCCCACGCUGAAUGGCAAGAAUGUCCUCCUGGUGCCUCACUGCCACGGCGGCAAGUGCGAGGAUGAGAUCAAGGAGAAGAGCGCGCGGACCGCGAUUGGCGAUGACACGACCGAGGAUGCGAAGGCCCCGGCUAUGGGAGCGAAGAGUCUGUGUAUCCCUUAUGAGCAGCCGGAGGGGAUCAAGGAAGGGGAGACGAAGUGCAUCAAUCCCACUUGCGAGGCUCCUGCAAAGUCUUGGGUGAUGUUUGGAAGGAGUUAUUAGGUGCGCUUCGAUGAGGUUUUGAGGGAAAUAGAAGGAACAGGGCUGGAUCGGAUGAUUGUUGAGGCGGUGGGUGUGGGGGGUGAUGAUACCGUAUUUCGUGUGACAUGUCUAUAUCGAUUAGCGAGAUGCUCCAUCCAGCGGCCAGUGUGACAAUUGAAAGAGAAUAUGAGAAUAUGAGUGCAUAU